CGACUCAGUUUAUUCACUAUAUCCUUACGUUUAAUUAGCUUUUCGGUAGCUCGUUAUAAGGAGGUUAGGAUUAAUAAAGACCGCAUAAAUAAAAGGAGAAUAGAAGCUUUUUUAAACUUUAAAAAUGAUAUUAAAAAUAUAGCACCUGAGCACGAAGACUCUGCUUCUAGCGCCGUUUUGACUCCUUUUAUCCUCAACGAUGCGCUUUCAAAAAGAGUGAUAGAGAAGAUUGAAGUAAACAAUAAACAUUUUGUUAUAGAGCUUUGUCCAGGCCCCGGACUUUUGUCUAGUCUUUUGGCGGAACGCGCUAGUUACGUCUUUCAACUUUUUCGGAAGCCCAUCUUCCUUGAGAAUUUUAAAGUCUUUGAAAGAAAAGGAUAUAAAGUGCAUUAUUUGGACUGCAAUAUAAAAGAACUGCCCACUAGUUUAAAUGCUACUUUAAAGAAAAUGGGACUUUCUUAUUCUCCUUCGGAUCUUAAUUCUCCUUGUAAAGUUGUUGGCGUGUUGGAUAAAAAUUUGCUUGAUCAUUAUAUAAAUGCUCUUCUUGCGUAUGCAAAGGACCGCUCAGGACUAUUUAAGUUUGGUAAUUUCGAAUCUUAUUUUCUUAUUCCUCAAGGAGCACUAUCGUCAACCCACGCCUUAACUUUUACUGAAAAGAAAAUGUUUUGUCUUUUUGGUGUGUAUUAUUCUGUAGCGCUUUUGCACACGGAGAAGCGCCACGCCUUCGAUCCCGCCUCCCCUCACGAUAUGAAUCUUAUUAAGAUUACUCCGAAACCCCUUAUUUAUUCUUCUCGCUUUUAUCAACAUCUUGAACGAGUUGCCGAAAGCGUUUUUAAACGCUAUCAGCUACCCGUUGCUGAAAGUUUGAGGCGCGAAAAAUUCAUAAAUGUUAAAGAAAAGAAUCUUGUUUUUAAAAAUCUGAAAAAUCUUAAGGCAACAGACGUUAAUUCGUGUGUUUUAGUGGAUAUCACAAGGAUUGUUACGGGCUGCGGUACCCUGUGGAGUGGUAGCUGCCGUACUAACACUGAUGAAAGGAAUAAAUUACUGUAAAUCUAUUAUGGUAAUAUUUUUUGAAAUAU